AUGGCUUCCGUCCCAUUUUUCAUCGCCAAGACAAUAUGUCACCAGGACGAAGACCAGCAUGAACUCGACCUUCACGUUCGGCACAAUGGCUGUCUUUUCUACCUGAUGUAUCAUACGGAGUACUUCGUUCGAUCGCCUAGAACUCGAGCCACGUACCUCGAAUACCUUCAAGAAAUUAGAGGAGAUGAGGUUGAUUUUGAUGAGCCUCAUGCUUUCAGGUGGCUUUUGAAACCAUUUGAGGCCCUGAUCAUGAAGCUCGCCCCACCAGUGUCCCGGACAAAGCCUUCUGCGUUAUCACAAUAUGCAUUCCCUGAUUUCUUCACAUGCCGGCUUGAGGCUGUAGACGACAAGUUUUGCCCCAAACAACUCGAUAAAUGGGAUGGCUGGUCACCUCCGGGGCGGGAAAUCGCGACAGACCAGAUGCACGACCUGAAAUCAUGGACCUACGUUUACAACCCGUCACAGGUCAUCCUGUCCUAUGAUCGAUCUGAGGAUGUCCUAGUUAAGCCGCCACAGCGGGUACAGCUAAGCAACAAGUAUGGCAAAAAUCACGGCAGUUAUUUCUUUAAAUCCUUCAUUGAGCAUGGCAGCCUAUACCAGCUGAACCGUGAGCUGGCGACUUUUAAAAAGAUUGCAAAGUCAAAUAUCAAAGCCGAAGCACAUAUAAGUCGCCUUCACGGUGUCGUCGCGACUGAGGAUUACCGCCUUUUAGGACUACUCCUUACCUGGAUUGAUGCUCCAAAAGGUGCCUUACAAUACCAAUACUGGAGACGCUCGCUACAAGCAAGACUACGGUGGGCUGCACAGAUUCGGGAGACUAUAACAGAGCUGCAUGAAAAAGGUGUGGUAUGGGGAGACGCAAAACUGGACAAUGUACUGUUGGACAAGAACGAUACGCCUUGGGUCAUCGACUUCGGAGGCGGUCACACUCCGGGUUGGGUGGAUCGUGAAAAGGAGGGGACAGUAGAAGGCGAUUUACAGGGUCUGGAAAAGAUUGUGGAGAGGCUUUCCCGCCCUACACCUUCGAGCGAUCGUUCAACAGAAUGA